AUGGUCCGAUCCAUCACAUCCGACGAGCAUUUCAAGAGCGUUAUAUCAGGACCAGCCGUUGUCGCUGCAGAGUUUCGUAACCCCAAGGAUGCUUCAAGCCGAAAAAUGUCUUCUGAAUUCAUGUUGUUGGAGGACAGCUAUCCCGAUGCGGGCGUCUACAAGGUCGACAUCAGACAGCUUUCUGACAUCGCUCCAGAUAUGGACCUCCCAGGCAUACCCUCAUUCAUCGUUUUCAGAGAUGGCGAGGAGAUUGAAUUCUUUUUGGGCGAGGAUACCAACAUUGGUGGUCUGUCUGUGAGUCACCUCUCGGUACUGGGCAAUGGUCUUUCAGCCGAGACGGCAUUGUCGCAGACGCUACUCGACAGGGUGUCAAGCUCGGGUGAGACGGAUACCUCGUUGAAGGAGAACCCACAAAAACGUUGA